UUCUUGUCGAGCCAGAGGCAAAAGAUAAUAAAAUAAAACGCCAAAGGAAAACUUGUUGUAAUAGACCACAGCCAAUCGUUGUAAAGCACCCGUUGUCCCCCGUCAAUCCCGCUUCAAAUGGCGAAAAUCCGGAGGCUGUGACCCAGCGUCUGCGUCGCUGUCCCCAACCACCUGGCUGAUAGUGUGCCGAGAGCAAAAAUUAACAAAAAAUCAAGUGAAAAGUGCAAUUAAAUAAAAGCGGCAAUGUACAGGAAAGCAGUCGUUUUUCCAUCUAAACUCGAUCGGGAAUAGGCGGCCGUGUCCAAUAUGAUGUCUCCGGAGCAGGAGCACGUCAACCUGGCGCUGGAUCGCCAGGUGCGCCAGAACAUCCAUGACAUGAUGCGCGAAGCCAACGUCCAGGCCAGCCUGCUGGAGAGCGAAGUUUCAGGGCGCAACCGAUUCCAGUCUGAAUGUAGCGACGACAUGAAUGGCGAUGGCAGUAUUGCCGUGAUGGAAGCCUUGUCCGGUGAUGGCCUGAUGGAGGAUGACAAUUCGAUUGAUCACGUGGUUGUAAUGUCGGGGGAUUGCAACAAUGAUGUGCAGAACUACCACGACAUGAUGGUGGAUGGUGAUCCCAACAGCAACAGCGCCUCGAACCGCAAGCGUCGCGGCAACUUGCCCAAGCACUCGGUGAAGAUCCUCAAGCGUUGGCUCUACGAGCAUCGCUACAAUGCCUAUCCCAGUGAUGCCGAAAAGUUUACAUUGUCUCAGGAUGCCGGGCUGACGGUGCUGCAGGUGUGCAAUUGGUUCAUCAAUGCACGUCGCCGCAUCCUGCCCGAAAUGAUACGCCGCGAAGGCAAUGAUCCGCUGCACUUUACGAUUUCGCGUCGCGGCAAAAAGGUCAGCCCGAACUCCUCGACGUCAAGUGGUGGGGGAGGUCAGGGAAUGAAUAUGUCCGGGACUCCAAAUCCCAUUUCGGGUAGUCCCGUCUCCGAAGUGGUCGUUGGUGCCACCGAAGAGGUUGAUGGUGCCGCCGGCGAGAUGCACGAAGGCAUUGCCAAUGUCUUGACUAAUUUCGAUCAGUAUGUACAAGGACCCAAUGGUCAGAUGGUCAAGAUGGAGCCAGAGUACGACGACAGCGUCAUAUACAGUUGGCAGCAGGCCAUUGCAAACAACCCGAUGGGCUUCCAAAGUCUCCAUGCGUCGCUCCAGGCAACCAUGAUCGAAAAGAUUCAGAACUAUCAAAUGCGCAAGGCGGCGGCAGCAGCUCUUAGUGGUGGCGGUGGUGGUAGCACGAGUGCCGGCUCCAGCUGCAGCUCUGCCGGUUCCUUAAUCCCAUACAAUUUCGAUGACGAUGAUGAGGAUAAACCCAGUCAGACGAAGCGCGGCAAAAAGAGGCAAACGGCGACAGCGACUGGGAAGACGGUGGGCGCAAAGUCCAAGCAGUCGAAGCAGACGGGGACAGUAAUCAAGCAGGUGUUCAAGAAAUCAUCGCAGACGAAGUCCAAGGCUGUGUACUGUUACCAGGACGAAUUCGGGAGCUUCGUGAUGGCCUCUAGAUCCGAAACCGACGAGAGCGUCCAGGAAUUCGAGCAGCGUAGCGAGGAGGGGCGCUUCGAGACAGACGACUGGCAGAGCGUGAUGAAAACUGUUUUCACCACUGAAGAGGUGACCACCACCAACACUGUCACACUCAACGCUGCUACUGAAUCAGGCACCAACUUGACUUCUGGUACUGGAUCUGCCGAUACUGCCAGCUGGAAUCCCAACGAACAGAUGGCCAUACAAGACGGCAAGACGGAGCAGUUGUACGAGCCCACAGUCAUCUCUGACCCAGAACAGCCUGCCAAAAGGGAUAAUCUACAGUCGGAGGAAGCCUUCGCCAUUACUAAGAACGAAAGUAACCCCGGUCAGACCUCGCCAGCGCCAUCGCAGAGCCUCAGCCGAGAGGAUCGCGACAACUACAAGUGUCUGUAUUACCUCGUGGAAACUGCCAUGGCUGUGCGCCAGAACGACACCGGCGAAGACGACGAUGACAUGCCUGUAAAUAUAUUUUAGAAUUUUUCAACUGGAACCCUGCAGGUUAUGGUCCCAGUGCCAGAGCCAAGACCUUGUUAUUAUGUUAAUAGAAAGAUGGAGAGAGGAGUAGGUUAUUUAAUAGAAUGUACAAAGCACUAGAUCAAUUGAAUAGGAAUGCAAUCGCAAGCUGCAUAUCAACCAAGUCAAUUCAAAAGGAAAACGAUGCAUUACUUGCUGUCCAUGGUUUUGUCCUGAACUUUAUGCGAUUGUUAUGUAAAAUAAACCAAAAUCUUGUGCAUUUGCAACACCUGCGCCAUACAAGCCAAAGUGUUUGUAAGUGAAA